UUAAUAUUUCCCUCAACUCAGCAACAGCACUUGGAGUUGCAUUCUCAUCAAGCCCCAGGAAAACACACUAUAGACGCACAUUCAUUGCCUCGAUCCCUAAUAAAAAAGAAACCAAAACCAAAUAUAUAUGGAUUGGCUUCUUGAACUCGAACCAUUCAAGAUGGCUAUCUUGUUCAUUAUCCCACUCAUAUUGCUUUUGGGUAUAGUGUAUAGAAAUCGUGGAAGGCCACCAUAUCCACCAGGGCCAAAAGGGUUACCCAUUAUAGGUAACAUGUUGAUGAUGGACCAAUUAACACACCGUGGUCUAGCCAACCUAGCAAAGCAAUACGGUGGCAUCUUCCACCUUCGAAUGGGGUUCCUUCACAUGGUGGCUAUUUCAGACCCAGAUGCAGCACGUCAAGUUCUCCAAGUCCAAGACAACAUCUUCUCCAAUCGUCCAGCCACCGUAGCCAUAAGCUACUUAACCUAUGACCGUGCAGACAUGGCUUUCGCUCACUAUGGUCCCUUCUGGCGUCAGAUGCGAAAGCUUUGCGUCAUGAAGCUCUUCAGCCGCAAGCGAGGAGAGUCAUGGCAAUCCGUUAGAGACGAAGUGGACGCCGCCGUACGCUCCGUCGUGGCCAACACCGGAAAAGCCGUUAACAUCGGGGAGCUAGUGUUCAACCUGACCAAGAACAUAAUAUAUCGUGCGGCUUUUGGUUCGAGUUCGCAGGAAGGUCAAGAUGAGUUCAUUGGUAUAUUGCAAGAGUUCUCCAAAUUGUUUGGAGCUUUCAACAUCGCUGAUUUUAUACCCUACCUGGGUGGUGUUGAUCCUCAAGGGCUUAAUACUAGGCUUGUUAAGGCUCGUGGGGAACUUGAUAGCUUCAUAGACAAGAUCAUCGAUGAACAUGUCCAGAAGAAGAGGAAUCAUGAUGGUGAUGAUGAUGAUGAAGAAACGGACAUGGUGGAUGAGUUGCUUGCUUUCUACAGCGAUGAUGCUAAAGUGAAUAGUGAAUCAGAUGAUCUGCAGAACUCAAUCAAACUCACUAAGGAUAAUAUCAAAGCCAUCAUUAUGGACGUCAUGUUUGGAGGAACGGAAACGGUGGCAUCGGCGAUUGAGUGGGCCAUGGCGGAGCUAAUGAGAAGCCCAGAAGAUCUGAAGAGGGUCCAACAAGAGCUCGCGGAUAUCGUGGGCCUGGAUCGUCGGGUCGAGGAGCCCGACUUCGAGAAACUCACCUACCUCAAAUGCGCCCUCAAAGAGACCCUCCGCCUCCACCCACCCAUCCCCCUACUCCUCCACGAGACGGCGGAGGAGGCGACGGUCGCCGGCUACUUCGUCCCGAAGAAGGCGCGCGUGAUGAUCAACGCGUGGGCCAUUGGGAGAGACAAGAACUGCUGGGACGAACCCGAAAGCUUCAAGCCCUCCCGGUUCCUGAAACCGGGCGUGCCAGACUUCAAAGGGAGCAACUUCGAGUUCAUACCAUUCGGGUCGGGUCGUAGGUCAUGCCCCGGGAUGCAGCUGGGUCUCUACGCGCUGGAGUUGGCGGUGGCUCACUUACUUCACUGCUUCACGUGGGAGUUACCUGAUGGGAUGAAACCCAGUGAGAUGGACAUGGGUGACGUGUUCGGACUCACCGCUCCCAGGGCGAGUCGACUCGUUGCCAUACCCACCAAGCGCGUGGUGUGCCCUCUCUUUUAGAAAAUAAAAAACAACUAUUGUGCCCUGUUUUUUUUUUUUUUUUUUUUGGUUUUUUUUUCGGCAUUUUCUUUUUAUCCCCAAUUAUGUAUAAACUUAAAUAUAUGAAGGAGAAAAUAAAGACUCACAAUAAAAAAUGUGGGAUAUCAAGUUCCUUCUUGCUUUGGGAAAAAACAAUAACUCUUCUCGACGUGAGCUUUUGUGCCGACACAGUUGUAUUUGUUUCCUCCACCCCCACUUUCGUUUUGAUUCUUAUAUACCGGAAUAAAAGUGAU